UCGCGGGUCCGGGCGCCGCUGCCCCCGCGGCGGAUCUGGAGCGUCCCCGGGUCCCGAAGGUGUAUCCUCCUAAAGGAGAUUCAAUUGGGGAUCUUAAAUCAGUUACCCCUUCACUGCAGGCUGGAGUGAGCCCUUCUUAGUUAAUCCCAGAAUGGCUUCAGCAGGGGAGCAGGAUGGACUUAAGGUUGUGAAGGUGGAGGAAGACCCUAUCUGGGAUCAAGAAACCUACCUUCAAAAGAAGAGCUUUUCUGGCCAGGAAGCCUCCCGCCAACUUUUUAGGCACUUUUGUUACCAAGAAACUCCUGGUCCCCGAGAGGCGCUGAGCCGGCUCCGGGAGCUCUGUCACCAGUGGCUCAGGCCAGACACACACACGAAGGAGCAGAUCCUGGAGUUGCUGGUGCUGGAGCAGUUCCUGACCAUCCUGCCUGAGGAGCUCCAGGCCUGGGUGCGGGAGCAUCACCCGGAGAGUGGGGAGGAGGUGGUGGCUGCAGUUGAAGAUCUGGAGCGAGAGCUCAGUGAGCCAGAGAACCAGGUCCUAGAUUGUGAUCAUGGACAUUCUGAAGUGCUCUCAGGGGAUGCAGUGCAUCUGAAGGCCAAGCCGGAAUCAACAGCCAUCCAGCUUCAGUCCAGUGUGACACAGCUCAAAGGUGAACCUUUAGAUCCCCACAAAUUUGCAGAACAAGAUGGUGAAACCAUACUUGAAAACCAUGAUUCAGCAUCAAAACAAGAAGUCUUAAAAGAAAUGGGACAUUUAGAGAAUAGCAGACUGCAAAGAGAUGUUCCUCUAGAUUCUAAGCACAGAGAAACUUGUAAACAUGGGAGCAGGGCAGAAAAACAGAGGGGACGCCCCGCUGGAGAGAGACAUCACAGGUGCAAUGAAUGUGGGAAAAGCUUUAUUCAGAGUUCCGUUCUCAUUCAGCACUGGAGAAUCCACAGUGGGGAGAAGCCAUAUGAAUGUGAAGAAUGUGGAAAGACCUUCAGUCAGAGGUCAGGCCUGAUUGAACAUCAGCGAAGCCACACUGGAGAGAAACCCUAUCAAUGUAAGGAGUGUGGGAAAGCCUUCAGUGCCAGCAAUGGCCUCAUUAGACACAGGAGGAUCCACACAGGGGAAAGACCAUAUGAAUGUGAAGAGUGUGGGAAAGCCUUCCGCCUGAGCUCAUACCUUGUGCAGCACCAGAGGAUACACACUGGAGAGAAGCGCUAUCGCUGUAACGAGUGUGGGAAAGCCUUCAGUCAGAACGCGGGGCUUUUUCAGCAUCUCCGAAUCCACACUGGGGAGAAACCCUAUCAGUGCAGUCAGUGCAGUAAAAGCUUUAGUAGGCGAACGCUGCUUAUGAAACAUCAGAGAAGCCACACUGGAGAGAGACCGUAUGCGUGUGAUGAGUGUGGGAAAGCCUUCAGUCAUCACUGCAACCUCAUCAGGCACUUUAAAAUCCAUACCGUUGCCAAACAGGACUAAUCCCAUGGACCACCAGGGCCCCUAAAUGGGGCCAUCUUGGAAAGUAAGAUUUCAAGUGGCUUAUUUUGUUCUUAUCAAAUUUACUUUGCUUUGGAAUGCACAGCUUUUCUGCAGACCAGGUGCUGGUGUCUCCUGGGUGGAUGACUGUAUCGGCGGUUGCCAGGAAGCCUUCUUUUUCCCUAUCCCGUGGUUCAUUUCCAAUGAUGUCCCUUAAAGAGACCAACUCUUACCUGGAAAUAAAUUGUAUGGAGCAGCCGUUAUUGAAUAACACUUAAUACUAAACAACUCUAAGUAACUAGUAUUUGUGUAUGCUUUUUUAAGAUUGGAUAAAUUCAAAGGACAUUCAGAGCCUCAUUGACAGUGACAUGAUGGACUUUCAGUGCCUGUGAUCCGAGGACCAUUGAGAGGAGAAGGGAUGUUCAGGCAGUGCGCAGGGCACUCAGCCAGUUGGCAUCUGCUGAGCCCCGCUCUGGGCCAGCGGGCACUGUGAUGGGGGCUUGGAACACUUCAGUGAACCAUACCAGAGGAAAACAAUAAACAAUUCUCCAGCACUGUCACUGCCUCCUCCCCACUCUCCAGAGGAUACUCCUGCACACAGGCCUGGAGCUCCUCAGGCAGGAUGGUCAGGAACUGCUCCAGCACCAGCAGCUCCAGGAUCUGCUCCUUGGUGUGGGUCUCUGGCCUCAGCCAUCGAUGACAAAGUUCCCGGAGUCGGGCCAGAGCCUCUCGGGGCCCGGUGACCUCCUGGUAGCAGAACUGCCGGAAGCGCAGGCGGCACAGCUCCAGAGUAUGGGAGCUGCACCUCUGCUCCCAUGUGGGAUCUUCCUCCUUCACUUUCACAAGGCUGUCUCCAUCUUCAGGGAUGGGGCGUGGCAAAGCUUCAUCCAUGCUGAGCUUAAAGGCUGAAAAAAGGUUCACUUCACUGGGGUCUAUGCAAAGAAAUGUUUUUCCAAAUGUGUCUGAGGCAUAAGAAUUGAUCAGUAACCUGAAAAUUAUAAGAGCUUCAAAACUCUG